ACUGCUGACAGCCUUCAGUUGUUUCUGUAACAACAGGAAGUGCACUCACUUGGAGUAGUCUGAAUUGAAAAUGUUGAAGAGAAAACCAUCCAAUGCUUCAGAGAAGGAGAAACAUCAAAAACCAAAGCGCAGCAGCAGUUUUGGGAAUUUCGAUCGUUUUCGGAAUCAUUCCAUUUCAAAACCAGAUGAUUCAACUGAGGUGUAUGAAGGGGAAUCCAUAAAUGAAAAUGGAGAACAAAAUAAAACUUCAAAUAAUGGAGGAGGUUUAGGGAAAAAAAUGAGAGCUAUUUCCUGGACAAUGAAGAAAAAAGUGGGUAAAAAAUACAUCAAAGCGCUUUCUGAGGAAAAGGAUGAGGAGGAUGGAGAGGAUACCCUCCCGUACCGGAACAGUGACCCAAUGAUUGGAUCUCACACAGAGAAGAUCUCCCUCGAAGCCAGUGACUCCAUGGAUAGUCUCUACAGUGGGCGGAGUUCAUCAAGUGGAGUCACAAGUUGUUCAGAUGGUACAAGUAACCGGGACAGUUUUCGACUUGAUGAUGAUGGCCCAUACUCUGGACCAUUCUGUGGCCGUGCCAGAGUACAUACUGAUUUUACACCAAGCCCCUAUGACACUGACUCCCUCAAAAUCAAGAAAGGAGACAUAAUAGACAUUAUCUGCAAAACACCAAUGGGGAUGUGGACAGGAAUGCUGAACAAUAAGGUGGGAAACUUCAAAUUUAUUUAUGUGGAUGUCAUCUCAGAAGAGGAAGCAGCCCCCAAGAAAAUAAAGGCACACCGAAGGAGUGGAAAGGAAAAACCCAAGACUCUGCAGGAGUUCUUACAGAGGAUUGACCUUCAGGAAUAUACCUCAACACUGUUACUCAACGGUUAUGAGACCCUAGAAGAUUUAAAGGAUAUAAAAGAGAGUCAUCUCAUUGAAUUAAACAUUAAAAACCCAGAAGACAGGAUGAGGUUACUAUCAGCUGCUGAAAAUCUCCUUGAUGAAGAAACUAUUCAAGAGCAAGAAAAUGAAUCUGUGCCCCUAUCCUUAAGCCCAGACACCUCCUUAAAUAAGUCACAGUUAGAGGACUGCCCAAGGGACUCUGGUUGUUAUAUCUCAUCAGAAAAUUCAGAUAAUGGCAAAGAAGAUGUGGAGUCUGAAAAUCUCUCUGACAUGGUACAGAAGAUUACUAUCACAGAGCCAAGUGACUGAAUACACAUUCUCAACUUUAUAUCUACAGACACAUUCCACUUUAAUUCUAUUUGAGCUAAAAGAUCAAAUAGGAGAGAAAGAGAAGUAUUUGCGAAUACAACCUGAAGUUAAAAUAUUUUAAUCAGAAUGAUUUUACACAAAAGUUCAUGUCUCCAACAUUCCCAAUUAUUGUAAAUAGUAUGUAUAUUUAUUAUUUUGAAUGCUACAUGUUAAUAUUUCAUUUGCCUGUAUGAGAAGAGGUAUGGUGUAAGUCUUUGGUGUGUGUGCGAUAAGAUUUAUUCAUCUUUAUUUUCUAAGUGCAACAUGAAAAAUUCUGCAGGGAAAACUCAUUUUCUCAUCCCUGCCAGUUUUGAACUUAUGUACGUUAUUGAACAAAUAGUAAUGGAGAGAGUAUCUGUAUAACCAAUUGUCCAAGCAGCAGUUACACUCAUUUUUAUACUUAAUAGGAAAGUGUGAGUUGAUACUGGAGACAUUUUCUCUUGAUCCAGAGUGGAGUUUUAGUAAUUAUUUUUUGUUGAUUUCUUCACUGUUAUCUGCUAUAAAAGAAGAGUUAACAAGAUGUUGUCAAUUCUUAUUUAGUAAAACUAAUUUUAAUAAUUGUACAGAUGUUUCAUUUUUAAUUAUAAAUAUUUUAAAUUUUGAAAUAGCCUAAUUUUAAUAACAAAAAGAACUAGGUGCAUUUACUCUUUUCCACA